AUGCGGACGCGGUUUUUUUUUCUUGUGGGCUCCACUACUAUUAUUUAUAGCCCGACGACCAUUUUCCAGUUGCAUAACUGAAAAUUAUUGUUUCUUCAGUUACCUACUCAAGAUUUGGUGGGUCGGUUAAUUGGGAAAAUGCGGAUCAAUCCUCAAAUGGGGGACUGCAAUAAAGGUGAAUCAGAAGGGGUUAACAGAUUAGAAUCUGAUCGUCCACUUAUGGCUUUAAGAGAGUAUUCGAUCGCUUUUGUGGAGAAUUGUAUUAGGAAAGUGGGGAUCUAUUCUUUUGUGCAAGAUAUAAAACCCGUUAUGGAUGAUUUAAUUCGGAAGAGAAUCGAUAAGAUUCAAUUGGCAGAAGAAAAGUCGGUUUCCCAGAAUUGGAACUCUAUAGACAAGACAACCACUCCGAUACCAAGAGUUUAUAAGCUGAAAUUCUUAGACAAAGUGUCUGAUCCAGUUUAUAUAGGGACGUUAAUUAAAGGAAAAGAAGGUACUGACAUUAAAGUUGCUCUAUUCGAUGAUGUAACCGAGGCUAUUGUUGACUCUGGGCCUGAAUCCUCAGCAACGGUGGAGAUAUUAUUUCUUGAUGCAGUUGUUGAAGACUUCAACAAUAGCAUUAUUAUAGAAAACAAUAAUCCUUAUUUUCGUAAACCUAUCCGUGUUAAUCUGGAGAAAGGCAUUGGUAUUUUGCCUACGAAUAUCAAGUUAGGACACAAUUCUCAGUGGAUAAAGCGCUGCCAAUGCAGACUAGGGGCAAGAGUUGAGCAAACAUUUGAUGGAAGUAGAAUUAAAGAAGCAUCGACAGAGUCAUUUACGGUCUUAGACAGACGCAGCAAAUUGUACAAGAAGCACGAGCAACCAUCUCCUUCUGAUAAAGUGUGGAGAUUAACAAACAUUAGCAAAAAUGGUGCUCGACACAAUCGUUUGCGUGAGAAUAACAUUUCUACAGUACAGGAAUUUCUGUCUUUGCUCUCUGUUGAUCCUCAGAGGCUUCAGAAAAUAUUUCGUGCAGGUCCUCGGAUAUGGGAGGACACAGUGGAUCAUGCUCGUAAGUGCUCUUCUUCCUCUGAAUGUAAAAAUCGGGUGGUUUUUGAUGUGGGACAACAGAAAGGGGCACUGCCUAACGACAGUUGUGUUCCAAUUGACAGUGUAGCUGACGCUGAAAUGGACGAUGCAUGGAAGUCACCAUCACCUGCAUUUGAAAAUCAGAGUGAAGCACCUGCAUUUGAAAAUUUGAACAUUAUGGCCUCUUUCAAUGGUGAAACUUCUUCUCUGCAUAAUUUUCCAUCAACAUCCAAUGAUAAGAAUGCCACCAACUCUACCGGACUGAACGGCCAUUUGGGCCAAUAUUUAGAAAAUGAAGAAAUUUCGAAUGAACAGACUUUCGAGUCUCCGGACAAUGGCUCAAAUUCGUUAGAAAAUUCGAACAAUAUGGCCUCUUUCAAUGAGGAAGAUUCUUUUCAGCCUAAUCUUUUGUGCACAUCCAAUGAUGAGAAUGCCGCCAACUCUACCGGACUGGAUGGUCAUUCCGGCCAAUAUGUUGAAAAUGCAGAAAUUUCGAAUGAACAGAUUUUCGAUUUUCUAGACAAUAGCCCAAAUUCAUUCCAAAAUUUGAACGAUAUGGCCUUUUUCGAUGAUGCAGAUUCUUCUCGGCGUAAUUUUUCGUGCACAUCCAAUGAUGAGAAUGCCGCCAACUCUACCGGACUGAACGGCCAUUUGGGCCAAUAUUUAGAAAAUGAAGAAAUUUCGAAUGAACAGACUUUCGAGUCUCCGGACAAUGGCUCAAAUUCGUUAGAAAAUUCGAACAAUAUGGCCUCUUUCAAUGAGGAAGAUUCUUUUCAGCCUAAUCUUUUGUGCACAUCCAAUGAUGAGAAUGCCGCCAACUCUACCGGACUGGAUGGUCAUUCCGGCCAAUAUGUUGAAAAUGCAGAAAUUUCGAAUGAACAGAUUUUCGAUUUUCUAGACAAUAGCCCAAAUUCAUUCCAAAAUUUGAACGAUAUGGCCUUUUUCGAUGAUGCAGAUUCUUCUCGGCGUAAUUUUUCGUGCACAUCCAAUGAUGAGAAUGCCGCCAACUCUACCGGACUGAACGGCCAUUUGGGCCAAUAUUUAGAAAAUGAAGAAAUUUCGAAUGAACAGACUUUCGAGUCUCCGGACAAUGGCUCAAAUUCGUUAGAAAAUUCGAACAAUAUGGCCUCUUUCAAUGAGGAAGAUUCUUUUCAGCCUAAUCUUUUGUGCACAUCCAAUGAUGAGAAUGCCGCCAACUCUACCGGACUGGAUGGCCAUUCCGGCCAAUAUGUUGAAAAUGCAGAAAUAUCGAAUGAACAGAUUUUCGAAUUUCUAGACAAUAGCUCAAAUUCAUUCCAAAAUUUGAACGAUAUGGCCUUUUUCGAUGAUGAAGAUUUUUCUCUGCGUAAUUUUUCGUGCACAUCCAAUGAUAAGAAUGCCGCCAACUCUACCGGACUGGACGGCCAUUUGGGCCAAUUUUUUGAAAAUGAAGAAAUUUCGAAUGAACCGCGUUUCGAGUUUCCAUUCAAUAACCCAUAUUCAUUCUCCGAUGCUUUGCCUCUCUGGAAUUUUGAUGAUAGGUUGGAAUAGAUAAGAGAUGUUACUUUGAUAACAUGUUGUUUCAAUUAAUCUAUUUUAGAAUAUUUUACA